GGCGCUGCCCGGCGCGGCUCGGCGCUGCCGCUCGGCUGAGCCCCGGGGCGCUGGCCGUGGCCGCAGACCGAAAAGAAAUGAACGUCAGAGGGGAUUUGUUUAAUCAUUUAGCAGCCGACACAAGCCAUGUCCCUAACAAAACGGUGGUGAAAGAGUAGAAGAUUUUUGGGAUACGGCAGCUCGAGCACCAUGAGACUGCUCUGGUGAGCCAGGGGCAGCGCUGGCUGAAGGAUGCGGUAGCCCAGCAGUCGGGGCUCACCGAAGGGAGGCUGAUGGCUUGCAUGGAGCUCCUCUACCUGGCCGAGGAGAGCAGGCAGGGUGCCCUGGGCCCCGCUGCCGGCUGGAGCCUGCCCGCCCCUCACUACGAGCAGCAGCAGCAGCAGCAGCAUGAGACAGGCGAGGUGGACUCCAGAGCAGCAGCAACCGUGGCAGCCCUGCGCUGCGAAAGGCACUGCAAGCCCUCACAGAGGAGCCCCAUGGCUGAGCCCACCCCAGCACCCCUGUCCUCCCGCUCGGGCAGCUCACCCCAGGAGCACCCCACACCCCCCAGCAGCUCCCAGCCCUGCCACCUGCCCGAGCACUUUCCAGGAGAAGAGGAUGGAGGGAAGAAGAAACCCUGCUGCUGUAUCCAGGAACUUGAGACAUCCUUCAACUGCGUGGAUGAAAAUGUAAACCUGGAGCAUGCAAGAAGUCCCUCCAGUCCAACAGGCUGCCAUGAUGUUCCUCAGCAGCGCUCCUGCCGGGAGCUGCCUCCCGAGUGGGUGCACGACUCUCCCUCCCUGGUCUCCGAGGAGGAUGACACCGCCUCGGAGGCAGCAGCUGGGAAAUCCUUGGACUAUGGAUUCAUCAGUGCCAUUUUGUUCCUAGUCAGUGGGAUUUUGCUGGUGAUCAUUUCCUAUGUGGUACCCAGAGACGUGACUGUGGAUCCCAACACGGUGGCUGCCCGGGAGAUGGAGAGACUGGAGAAUGAGAGUGCCAGGAUUGGGGCUCACCUGGACCGCUGCGUUAUUGCCGGGCUGUGUCUCCUGACCCUGGGGGGAGUCGUGCUCUCCAGCCUGCUGAUGAUGUCCAUGUGGAAAGGGGAGCUGUACCGGAGGAGCAGGUUUGCAUCCUCCAAGGAGUCUGCAAAGCUCUAUGGGUCGUUCAAUUUCAGAAUGAAGUCUGGUGCAAACGAUAAUAUGCUCGAGCUGUCAUUAGUUGAGGAAGAUGUGCUUGCCAUAGAUAAUUAGCAUGGUCAUGAUUUUUAAAGCAGCGUUUCUACAAAACAAGUAUGUUUCAUUAAAGGAAAUAGAUGUGGCUGAAGAUAGAUGGUGAUGCGGUUUGUUUUUCUGACAAGAACGGGCUUUUCAUGAGCUCUCCAAUCAAAUGUUUGCAUUAUGCGAACACUUGUUGUAAGGGGAGAACAUGCCAGAGCAAAUGCAAUUGGUAUAAAAUAAUGAAAAUCACUGAAUAAAAAGAGAUUUUGACAAGUAGAUUCCUUAGAUAACUCCUUUAUCCUAACAUAAAGCAUUCCUCUGAUGUCUUGCCUACAUAAUUUUCUUAUUACUUUCAUAUAUAGAACAGGAAUGACCUUGACACCUUGGAAGCUUGUUGCAGCCUACAGAAGGAUUAUUAACUGUCUGCUUGGUGUCAUGUUAGGAAGCAAGGCUGAUAUUUAAUUAAGAAGAUUUUUUUAUAGUUAAAUUUUAAGCCAGUCCUUUCUUUUGUAUGAGUGAGACCUAUGGGCAAAAAAGACUGCUUAUUCAUGGCUUACCACAAAGCUCCCGUAUUUUCAAGCAAUGCUGCAAUUAGUGGCGGUUAUUUAAAAUAUCAAAAUAAGAGGCAAAGGGCAAGGAACCAUAUGGCUCACGGUGGUAUUGGUGAGAGACAAAAGGCUCUUUCAGCCUGAGGUCAGUGGUUCCAUUUUGGUUCAGAUUAGUAAUGAUUGAUAGUCAUUAACUUCUGAUAGCUAUAGUGGCCCAUAUAAAGGAAGUUUAGUUCCCGGUGGACAGAUGUCUUUGUAUGAAAACUACCAUCGCUUGAAUUAACUGACCUCCUGUUUGGAGUCUCAAAAGAUCCAAAGAGUAGAAAGGCAUGGGGAUGCAGAGACUGAACACAUCUCCUUCAGUACAGAUGCCAGAAGAAGUUCAAGCUCCGCUGCAGGGCUUUGCUUACAGUGGGCCUGUCUGCAUCACAUGAAUCCUUCUGAAACUUCAUUUUCAUGUCACUAGGCUGCUGGCCUUCUCGUUACCAGAAACAAAAGGUCAGGAUGGAGCUUUUGGGGCUCAUUCAAUAUAAACCAGAUUAUUUAUAAAAAAUAAGUUGUCAGGAAAUACAAAGGUUAUACAUCAAGCAGUUGGACUGGCUGGAAUGGGACUCACUUAACAUAGGGGGUGAUCAAGGGUACAUGGCGCUAUCAAUCACCAUUAUGCGGCACAGUAGCCAAAAACCUCUACCACUGAUGGUAUUUACUUUAGUAUCAGCCAGUUUCUGUGGAGCAUUAAAGUUGUGCUCUUGUGAUGAUGGGAAAAACAGCAAAGGUUGUUGUAUGCACUGCUGACCUUUCGUCGUGAUUGGUUGCUAAUAUAUUUUUGUUCUAGCCCCUGACAAAGCCAAAUGUGAGUGAAGAACUGUGUCUGUAAGUACCUUGCCUGCAGAACUGUGGUAGAAACACUUGGUUUGCUCUCGGCUGUGGGUUAAAUCUCAAAUAUAAGGAAUAUCCAGUAUCUGAAGAAUGAGACUUUUUUCCUAUUGUGAGAUAAUACCUAAGAAGAAUCUUGGGAAGGGGUGGCAAGGUGAGGGUUGGAAAAACUAAAAGUCCUCCUGCACAGGCGGUGCUGGGACUCGCUGUAUCCCAGCUAGAGCUCCUAGCCUGCCUGCUUUCCUUCUCAGUCUGCUGUGACUGGCGGAGUCAUGACCGCUGCCUUAUUCUUCUUUGGAGGACAGUUUGAUACGAGGAUUGGAGCACCAUGGCUGCCAAAGGGGACUCUCAGUGGCUGGUGUGACUAAGAGAAGUGAAGGGAAAAGCUGUAUUUUAUACCCAAAUGUUUAUGGUCCAUUCCAGCCCACAUUACAUGAAGCAGGGGAACUGCAUAUCUUCCCUGUUCUGUGUUUUAAAGUCCCUCUUGCCCUCUUCUCUGGCUGCUCAUGGCAGGAGGCACAUGCAGAUUGUGUGCCUGGCACCCACCUGUGCUCAGUCCCUCAGGCUCAGCGGGCAUGGCUGCCCUCUGCAGAGAGCUGGAGAACCUGCACUGCUCUGCCUUCAUGCCUUUGGUUGCUGUAAAUAGCGUAACGUUGUACUCAGGCUUUAACUUUGAGCCUGCAAAAGAGAUGCUACUUAGCUGUUACUCAUUCUAGCUGCUGCAUUAGUUGUGUUACUUGGUAACUAAAGGAGCAGCCUUAUUUGGUGGUACUGCUGCCUAAUAGAUGUUAUUUGCAGUUAUGACCUGAUACAGAGUGUGUCUGGGGGCAGGAACUUGCAAUGGCCAGCAGUCACCUUGGGAGAGCUUACAACCCUCUGGGUGUGUCAUCAGGGAGUCAGGAUUAAAUUGGUGAGGCAGAUGGAUUGAAUUUUGAUAAAGCACUGGAAAAAGGGUGCCCAGAGAGGUGGUGGAAGCCUUCAUCCUUGGAGGUAUCCAGGGUCAGGCAGGACAGGGCUCUGAGCAACAUGAUCUAGCUGCAGGUGUCCCUGUUCACUGCAAGGGAGUGAGGCUAGAUGGCCUUUAAAGGUCCCUUCCAUCUCAAAAGAUGCCACGAUUCUAUGAUACUAUGAAUUUCUAGGGUGAAAAAGAGGAAUAGCUUACUUAUGUAAGGAGAACCUUCAGCCCAUUGGGAUCAGUGAGAGCAGGGAGUGAAAUUGCUUGAGAAGCAAGACGUGGAGGAGAAAGGCUGAUUGCUAGCUGUCUUUUGCCACGUGGGUACAAGGACACAACCCUGGUCACGUCCUCCAGAGGCACAGUGGAGGCCCUGCCAAGCAGGAGGGCAGACUGCACCCGGACAGGGGCAGCAGCUGGCACAAGGCAGGGGAUAGACAUCAUGAGGGGCAAAAACCCUUUCAUCACCCCAGAUGGGAAGCCCUGUGCUCUGUGUUCAUGUACACUGCAGAGGCUGGUGAUUUUGAGAGCCAUUAUUUUUAUUUUUUAAUGAUACAUAUGCAUAAAAUUGGAGUACAUUCCAUAAUUGCAGGAAGAUGACAGCUAGCACUGUAAGGAUCACAGAUUUCUUGUAGGAACCAUGGCAUGCUUUAAUGCUGGUUAUUAGCACUAGAAAAGAGCAUGUUCCCCAGACUGCCAGUAUAUUAUUAUCAAGCGAGAAGUUUUCUGACACUUUGUAAAAUGCCUGUCACAGAUCAUAAGCCUGCAAUACUUAAAUGAGCCCUCAAAUAUUCCCUGAGCAUUUUAAGGAAACAUAAGUCAACCUAAUAAUCUAAAUAUACACUGCAGAAGUGUGAGGAAUAAAAAAAUAAAUAAAUGACAGAAGUAAUACAAUCUCUUUAUCUUGGUGUUCGUGUGUGCUACUAAAGAAGUGAAGGCAGACUUUUAGAGAAUGGAAUGCAAGAGUUUAGCAGAUAAACAAUCUCAGGACAUUUCUCUGAUCACCAAACAAGACACCUGUGCAAAUGGUAAGGCUGUGUGGAUUGGCUGUGUGACAUAAAACCUCUGGACUCUCGGGUUCUAAUGAUGUGCAAUGUGAGAGAAACCCAAAUGCUUACUGUCUGGGUGUUGGUUGUAGGAAAUGAAUGUAUUUGUCUGCUGGCUGGUAGAAACUGUUCGCAUCUCUCUGGUCUCAAAUGGCUGUACCAAAGGCUGAGGCCAAGGGUGAUUAAUUGUGUUCCUAUACCCUAGUCAUUUGAUUGAUCCCCUGCUCAAAACCUAAAUGCUUUAAGGAUGCAAGUGUGAGGACAGCUUUUUAAAUUCCCUGGGCUUAAACUUGUUGCAUGGAUCUAUGGAGGGCUUCCUUCUUGGAGGAUGUAACUUUGGGGCAUCCCAGGUGGGUUUCAGGUACCACCUGUAGCACUCUGGAAACAAACCGUGAUUCAUAUUGAGGAGGAACAUUUUAUUCCUGACCGACCCUCACAGCAUAACGUGACACUUGCCCAUCUUCUACCUCAUGAUGUGUUAGCCUGGGCUCCAGGGCGUGUGGCUGGGCUCUGCCAGACCUCUGCCUCCCUGGGGAGGGGUCACGAGGCCUCAGCCGGGGCUCCUUCUGUGCCCCCACUGCUCCUACAGCUCCCGGUGACCGCUUUUAUUUAUUUCUCUCAAUCAGAAAUCUGUGACAGAGGCUGGGCCGUUUGGGAGCUGCCGAACACCUGACAGGGGCUCUGCCCGCAGCGAGGCCUGCAGCAAUGGUAGGGCCCCAUCCUCACUGCCAGCCCAAAGCCCAGUCUGCGGCAGGGAACCCCAAGCUCUCUCCAAGGAUGCUAUGCUGGGUUGUCGCUGUUUUUGAUACGUUUACAGUUUUUUAAUCUUUGUAAUUCUUUUAGAAAUCUGCCUGUAAUGAAUAACGAGUUUACUGACGGGAAAAGCAACGGCUAUAAUCUUGUAAAACCCCUUUUUGUCCCACAAAAGGGUGAAACAUCACAGUUCAUCGUGAGCUUUUCAAUCGUGCAUUUGAUGCCUUAUUAUGAUUGCAGCAGCGUUCUGUAAAGAUUAAAAAAUAAAAGCCUGUAAAGCUG